AGAUGGUUGUGAGCCACCAUGUGGUUGCUGGGAUUUGAACUCAGGACCUUUGGAAGAGCAGUCAGUGCUCUUAACCACUGAGCCAUCUCUCCAGCCCCUAACUUCCCACUUCUAAUUAUCACUUUGACCGGGAAUUGUCUUAUGCUGUUUAUUAUCAUGUGUGUGUUCAUGUGCUGUGUUGUACACGGCAGUGCAUGUGGGAGGUCAAAGAAUAACUUUCAAGAGUCAGCUAACUCCUUCUAAGCUGGAUUCCUGAGCUCAAACUCAAGUUCCCAGGUUCCAAUGGUGAAAGUUUUACCUACUAAGGCAUCUCGCCAUCCAUUAGCUGCUUCCUUUGAUUGCUUUGUUCUUUGCUUCUCUUCUGGGGGCGGGGGGAGCAUGUGAUAAAGCCAAACUUUUAUCAAAUUACAGAUGUGUACCACCAUGCCUAACUUUGUAUUUAUAAUUUUAAACUUGUUUUGAUGUUAUAGAAUACACGGAAGCUAUAGAAUUUUAGAAGGGAAAUGUAUAGGUAUUCGAACUCUUUACUGCUCUUGUGCAGGUAAUGAAGCUGAGGCUCUGAGAGCUUCAGUGCAUGUAAGAAGACACUUCCUUAUAGAAGACACUCCCCCUAUGUAGCAGCUUCAACUGGUAAUCCCCUUGCCUCAGCUCUGAAUGCUAGGACUGCAGGAUUUUCCACCGUGCCUGGUUUUAGAGGCCACUCUCAUUGGUGUCAUUGUGCGCAUCCUGACUGACCUCCAUGCAAGGGUGGAGAGCACAAAGAUGCUAAAUGAUAAUGGAGGUAGACAGGCACCACAUUACAGACCCACAGGCUGUGGUCACAGAUCUGCCAGACUUGUCUAAGAAAGGUGAUGGGAAAAGACAGUAAAGUGGCUAGAUGGUUGGUUGGAUGGUUGGUUGGUUGGUUUCUUUGGGGAGGGACAGGGUCUCUUUACAUAGCUGUCCUAAAACUCACUAUAUAGACCAGACUGGCCUCAAACUCAGAAGAGAUCUAUCUACCUGCCUCUGCCUCUGCCUCUGCCUCUUAAGUGCUAGGACUAAAGGUGUAUGCUACCAUGUCAAGUGACAGUAAUGUGUUCAGUGAAGCUAGACAUGGUGGUAUUCAUCCACAAUCCCAGAAGACUGGAGCCUAAGGCAGGAGGAUCUGGAAUUACAGGCUGACUCAGAGAUCCUGUUUCCAGGGGGAGGGAAGAGGGACAGUUCAAUGAAGAUGUCUGUGGGAUAACAUGAUCAGGCCGUGGCUGUACUUUUUCAGAUGGGUUUUCAUAAAUGAAAUAGUUAUGGGGCUGGAGAGAUGGCUCGUUGGCUAAAAGUACUUGCUGUUCUUUCUGAGAAUUUGAGUUUAUUUCCCAGUUCCCACAUCAGGUCUCACAAACACCUGUAAUUCCAGCUCCAGGAAAUAAUUCUGUGGGUACAUGCAUACACGUAUGCUCUACACACACACACACACACACACACACACACACACACACACAAUAGAAUUUACAAAAACAAAAAAGAUUAUAAUCUGGAUACUUGGAAGGCUCAGGCAAGAGAAUUACAAGUUUAGACGACACUCAGGGGAAGAGAGUAAAUAAAUUUUAAAAUGCACAUAUAAAAUCCUGGUACACCUUCACACAAUAUACUAUGUCAAAAUGCAUGAAUAUUCAAAAGAAAUGGCAGGGCAGGAACAUGGAGGAAGAAACGAUAACCUGGGGGUCAACAGGGAACACCAUAAACCUCUUUUCUAAGAUGCAGACCAGUCGGUGGUGGUGGUGCAACCUUUAAUUCCAGCACUGGGGAGGCAGCAACAGGCAGAUCUCUGAGUUCAAGGCCAGCCUAGCUACAGAGUAUUCUGUGACCCCAGUACAUGUGAUGCAAAGGCAGAAGGAUCAAGACUGGUUCAUGGCUGGCCAGGGCUAUGUAAUCAAGACCCUGUCUCAACCCUGCACCCCAGCUCACUGCACACCCCAAGAUAGGCAUAUAAAGUGUUGCGCAGGACAAAGAGUGGCUGCAAUUAAAAUCUUCAAACUUAAAAGGACAAUGAGGAGAAAUAGACUUAAGGAAACCCUUGAAGAAGGAAGUAAGGCUUACUUUCCUGCAAGCAUGCUUGGGAGAUGAACUCAGCUUGUGAAUAACCAGGCCUAUGGGAUUGGAACUUGGGCAGGAAGAGGAUUCCCCAGUCAAAUGUCAAAGCUAAUGUCCUCAGAUAUGUUCUCAGUCCCUGGUCCAGCAGUCUCAGGUCUAGACAGGGCCAGGGGAUUCCUUAGAGAGACCACCCAAGAAGCACACACGCAAAGAGGAGGGAAAGAGAUGAUGUCAGUCUCCCUGGGCCUGAUCCAAGCUGCUUCUCUGACCUCCAGAUCCCCAUGCCCCCUCCUCUGCCCUCUCCUGAGGUUUUCCACCAGCCUCCAGAGCCAGCGGCCCUCAUUCCUCAUCUGCCUUGAUCUAAUUUCUGAAGGUCCCGAUACUGGGGCACUGUUCUGAGUCCAUGGCCUUCACUGAGUUCACUCACCUGUUCCUGUGCUACUAAGGCCAAUAGAGGGGUUGGGGAUUUAGCUCAGUGGUAGAGCGCUUGCCUAGCAAGCACAAGGCCCUGGGUUCGGUCCUCAGCUCUAAAAAAAAAAAAAAAAAAAAAAAAAAAAACAAGGCCAAUAGAGUAGCUGAUGACAUCACACUCUAGUCUUGGCAGCUCUCUAUUAGGAUCUUGCCCCUGGUUCUGGCCACACUGGCCUUUUCCACUUGGUUCUACACCAAUCCUGACUUGAUCUUGUCUUACCCUCACAGAAAGUUGAGGAAGCGAGCAGCCAAAGCCUCAGCCCGACACCCCAAGUCCCCUGGAAGAACAAUCAACAAGUUUAAAGUCAAACACAAGCCCCAAUUGGGCAGAGGGCCAAGUAAGAGGAUGCUGGCCCAGAAGAAGCAACACUCCUUUGGUCUACACAGCGUGGCAUGUGUGGGCACAGAAGCCCACCUCUCCCUUUGCUCUCUGGAGUUCUAUCGUGCCAAUGACACCACCAGAUGUGCUGGUGGGAGCCCUGCAGUGGUGAGCUGUAUGCUGGGCCCUCUUUAUGCCACCUCUACUGGUCAGAAGAAGCAGCAACAUUCUAAGCCUCAAGGGGAGGCCAGUGUGCGUCUAAAGGGCGGUGCCCACCCUGGAGAAGGCCGAGUGGAAGUCCUGAAGGCUGGCACAUGGGGAACAGUCUGUGACCGAAAGUGGGAUCUGCAGGCAGCCAGUGUAGUGUGUCGAGAGCUGGGCUUUGGCACUGCCCGAGAAGCCCUGAGUGGUGCCCGCAUGGGGCAGGGCAUGGGUGCCAUCCACUUGAGUGAAGUUCGGUGCUCUGGCCAGGAACCCUCCCUUUGGAAAUGCCCCUCUAAGAACAUCACAGCUGAGGACUGUUCCCAUAGCCAGGAUGCAGCUGUCCGGUGCAACCUCCCCUACACUGGGGUGGAGACCAAGAUCCGACUCAGUGGGGGCCGCAGUCGAUACGAAGGGCGAGUCGAGGUGCAAAUAGGGGUACCUGGGCAUCUACGCUGGGGCCUCAUCUGUGGGGAUGACUGGGGAACACUGGAGGCCAUGGUGGCCUGUAGGCAACUUGGUCUUGGCUACGCCAACCACGGCCUGCAGGAGACCUGGUACUGGGACUCGGGGAAUGUAACUGAGGUGGUGAUGAGCGGAGUACGUUGCACAGGGUCUGAGCUGUCCCUGAACCAAUGUGCUCACCACAACACCCACGUCACCUGCAAGAGGACAGGCACCCGCUUCACUGCAGGAGUCAUCUGUUCUGAGACUGCUUCGGAUCUGCUGCUGCACUCAGCACUGGUACAGGAGACUGCUUAUAUUGAAGACCGACCGUUGCACAUGUUGUACUGUGCUGCUGAAGAGAACUGCCUGGCAAGCUCCGCCCGCUCAGCUAACUGGCCCUACGGCCACAGGCGUCUGCUCCGAUUCUCUUCCCAGAUCCACAACCUAGGAAGAGCUGACUUUAGGCCCAAGGCUGGGCGCCAUUCCUGGGUGUGGCAUGAGUGUCACGGGCAUUACCACAGCAUGGACAUCUUCACUCAUUAUGAUAUCCUGACCCCCAACGGCACCAAGGUGGCUGAGGGCCACAAAGCUAGUUUCUGUCUAGAAGACACUGAGUGUCAGGAGGAUGUCUCCAAGAGAUAUGAGUGUGCCAACUUUGGAGAGCAGGGCAUCACUGUGGGAUGCUGGGACCUCUACAGGCAUGACAUUGACUGUCAGUGGAUUGACAUCACAGAUGUGAAACCAGGAAACUACAUUCUUCAGGUGGUUAUCAACCCAAAUUUUGAGGUAGCAGAAAGUGACUUCACCAACAAUGCUAUGAAGUGCAACUGCAAAUACGACGGGCAUCGCAUCUGGGUGCACAACUGCCACAUUGGUGAUGCCUUCAGUGAAGAAGCCAACAGGAGGUUUGAGCGCUACCCAGGCCAGACCAGUAACCAGAUUGUCUAAAAUGCUACCGCCCUCUCUGCAAACCACCACUGGCCCCCAAUGGCAGGGGUCUGAGGCUGCCAUUACCUCAGGAGCUUACCACAAGAACCCCUGAUGUCAGCAGGCGCACUACAAAUGAUGAACUGUUGAAGAGAAGUUGGUGCCUCCCUUACUUGGUCAGCUGGCAUUACCUUUGGCCAAGCAUGGAUAAUCAGCCAACAGACCCAGCAGUAGACAGAACACACCACAAAGAACUGCCCCAUACAGGAUGGCAGCAGCUCAUUCUCUUGACUAGGGGAGAUCAAGAGGGUCAGCUCCCAUAGCUCUAAGUUCUCCUAAGUACCGCGUUACCUCCAGCCAUUUGGUGGGGAAAAGAUCCAGCCCCCCCCCCCAUGUUUGACUGUAACAUGUUGCUAGGUAUAAUUUUAUUUUAUAUAAAAUGUGUUCUUCAGA